AUGUAUAACUUUUCAAUAGGAGGUAACAAAAAUGAUCCAUAUAACUUUUCAAUAGGAGGAAGUAGCUCGUCUGAACCAAAAAAAGGAUUUGGUCUGACUGGGUCCCUUUCAAAAAAUGGAGGUUUAACUGGAGGACUUUCGUCAGUAUUGACUACCUCCUAAACAAAAAAAGCAAGCUCCUCAUACACUUCUGGAUUUGGUGGUGGAUUUGGUGAAACAAAAUCUAUUUAAGAAGCUUCAAAAAGCACAUAGGCAGCAUCAUCUAAAUCUACUACUUCAAAAUAAACAGCAGCAGCAGCGGCUAAUACUACUACAACUACAAAAUAGCCAAAAACAUAAGCAUCAAAAAAAGGAGCAAAAACUAAAUUUGGAAAGGAAAUAAUUCCAAAGAGAUUUGGUCUUUUGUACGAUCCUCCAACAAUAACUCUUGAAUACUUAGACCCUAAUUCUGGAAACUUAUAUCAUCAUAAAAUGAAAUUAAAAAAGCUAUAAUAAGAUACAGAUGUGAAAGAUGCAAUUGAAUAUUUAAGAAUAAAGCAUGAAACUUAUUUAAAUGAUGAUUCAAUUACUGAUGAUCAAUUAAAAUCUUUAGUUUAACGUUUACAGAAGAGAAUGAGUAGUGGAAACAAGUCUAGCGCAAAAACAGCAAAGCCAUCUCAAGCAAAAGUAGAAAAACCUAAAGAACCACCAAAAAAAUCAAAUAGUUUAGCACCAUUAACAGGAAAUGACUUCAAAGGAGCCAGCUCUGGGAUAAGAGGGGCAAGCACAUCAUCAACAACUGCAUCUUCUUUAUUAACGGGCUCAAGUCAAAUCAGAUCGUAAAGUGCCUCUAAUUCGAAAACUGCAGCAGCUUCUUCUAGUAUAUAUGGAAGUAAGCCUAGCUACUUAAGAGGAGGAAAUGAUGACGACGAUGAUGAAGAUGAUUAUGAAAACGAAGAGGAAGUAUUUAAAUAUGCUUGGAGUAAAAAAGGAGCAGGAAGCAUUUAAACUAGUAAAAUGUCCUAAUAAUAAGAUGAAUAUGAUUACUAUAAAGACGAUGAAGAUGAAGAGGACUAAGAAGACCAAGAAGAAGACGAAGACGAAGAUGACUAUAAAAUUGACUAUAACAACUAUAACUUAAAUAAAUUAUCUAACGAAGAACUUUAAAAACAUAAAGACAGAAUGGAAGUUUUGUUUAAGAAAAAUAAUCUUAAACCUGGAGAUAAAGGGUUCUAGUAUAAUAUAGAAUAAGAUUUUAAUCCUGAUGAAAGUAACGAAUGGGAUGAAGAUAUAUGA